AUGUCUCUAGAGCACUCCCACCGCCCUGCUGCUGCUGCCGCUGAUGCCGAUGCUGCUGCUGCUGCCUUUGCCUUGGUGCGAUGGGGUCGGGACCGGGAGGGUGGGGAAGCAGAGGCGGAAGAGGAGGAGGGGGGUGAGGAGGAGGAGGAGGAGGAGGAGGAGGAGGAGGAGGAGGAGGAGGAGGAGGAGGAGGAGGAGGAGGAGGAGGAGGAGGAGGAGGAGGAGGAGGAGGUAGAAGAAGUGGAGGAAGGGGACGAAGAAGUGGAGGAGGAGGAAUCUGAAUGGGAUGAAGAAGGGAGUGAGGGAGAGGAGGAAUCGGAGUGA